GAAAAGCAAAAGAGUUCUAAUAGUUUUAGAGCUCUUACGUCGCGUUAGAGACUUUUAUAAAAUUAGGGAAAUUAAUAAUGGAAGAAGAUGGUGUGUGUCAAUUUACUUCUAAAGGUGAACGAUGUUCUGCCGUGUCGGUGACGCCGUUUUCUAUAAACGAUAUUUUGAAUCAGAAAUGUGGACAGAAAGUUGAAGACGACGAGGAACUGCAAGAGUCUGCACUGGACAUGUCCAAAGUUCAUCGAACAAAUCUAGACUCGCCGUCUACCAGCCCCCGCUCGCCUUCGCCGCCUAGUUACUCUUCGCCACCUCCCGCGGCCUCGACCAAUCGCUGCACCGCCGCGGCCUCGGACGAGUCCGGGCGCGACUCCGGAGGCGCCGGACGAAAGAAGAGAUCGCGGGCGGCGUUCACGCACGCGCAGGUGUUCGAGCUGGAGCGUCGCUUCAGCCAGCAGCGGUAUCUGAGCGGGCCGGAACGGGCCGACUUGGCGGCCGCGUUGAAGUUGACGGAGACGCAGGUUAAAAUAUGGUACCAGAACCGACGAUACAAGACCAAGCGGAAACAGCUCCAAAUGCAAGAAUCUAACUUACUCAACUCCAACGCCAGGAAGGUCGCAGUCAAAGUAUUAGUUAAAGACGACAUUCCCAUCUUCCUUCAACAAAAACCAACUCUAUAUCAAAAACCCAGCUACUUUCCAGAAGCUGGAAAGAACGAGUUCUUUGUAUACGAUCAGCUCAAUAAAUCUAUGGGACAGAAAUAUCCGAAAAUGUUACAGGAGUCGAUGUUGAGUUUAUGUCAGCAAUACUCUAGUCAAGUACAAUUGUUUCCUUACUUUAAUUAUUACCAUCCGUCGCUUUUUGGUAGUUUAAGUCAACAAGAUGAUGACGUAGCAUCGGAAAGUCGGGAACAGAAUUGA